AGCGAGACUUGGCGUUAGUCACAAGAAUGUUUGACAGGAAAGCAAUUUCAACAUAGAAGUAAACAAUACUUGACAGGACAUACAGGAGGCCUGAGCUAUGCUUUAUAAAGCUGUUAACAAAGAAAAAAAAUCAUAAUGAUGAGGUCAGAAGUGCUAAGAUGGUGGGUGAAAGAAAUGGGAGGACAAUUUUCUCGAUCUCAUCAUUCAUCUAAAGCAGGGCCUGCAUACAGAUAUUUUUCCAGCAAACGAUGGCAUCAAACAGUUUAUACGCAAAACAGAAUGAUACUGGGGCGUUGUGGCAGAAGUUCGUCCAUCAGAAAUAUGUUGCAUUCUAGAGGUAUAGCAACUACAUGUUUCAAGUGUACAAAAGAUGGAACAUAUGCUCACAAUGAUUUUGGACAUGGCCCAAACAGAGUUAAAACAGGGAAGAAAAGAACACUAGGAAGGACUUGUCUUGGAUUGCUGCUUGGAAUCGCUUCCUUCAUUCUGAUAUCUCGUCCAAUAUCAUCCUUGAAGAGCACAGUUCAUGCAUCUACUGGAGAAGUAGAAAAACAGGAAGCUGGGGAGGUAGUAGAAGCAAAGGAGGAGGAAGAUGGAGAAGAGGGUGAACAGACAGAAAAGAAGAAGAAGAAGAAAAUUGGUUUCAGAGAUCGCAGGAUUAUAGAAUAUGAAAAUCGUAUCAGAGCUUACUCUACACCAGAUAAAAUAUUCCGCUACUUUGCUACAUUGAAAGUACACCAGGAGCAUGGUGACUGGGAGGUGUACAUGACCCCUGAGGACUUUGUUAGAUCUAUCACUCCAGGAAUGAAGCAACCAGAGGGGUUGGGGUUGGAUCAGUUCCUGAAGUUUGAUCCCCAGAAGGACGAUGUUCACAGCUUGACCAAACAGUUUAAUAAGAAUAUGGAAAAAUUGGGUUAUCCGGGGUCAAAGCACAACAAAGCCGAGUGGAAGAUGGGAGAAGAUAGUAUCUUCUAUCAGCUGGGAGAAAGCGGCCUCAUUUCCUUCUCUGACUACAUCUUCCUUCUCACUGUGCUGUCCACACCACCCAGGAAUUUCCAAAUUGCUUUCCGUAUGUUUGAUCUGGAUGGAGACGGCAAUGUUGACGUUGAAGAAUUUCACAAGGUCCAUCAGAUAAUCCGUAACCAGACAAGCAUAGGAAUGCGUCACCGUGACCAUGCGGUAACUGGCAAUGUCAUGAAGGGUGUGAGCUCAGCAUUGGUUACCUACUUUUUUGGGACAGAGGGAAAGAAAAAGCUGACAGUACCAGUGUUCCUUGCCUUCCAACAGCAGGUCCAGAAUGAAGUGCUCAGAAUUGAGUUUGACCGUUAUGAUCCAGAAGAUGGAAAGAUCCUGGAAAAAGAUUUUGGAAGAAUUCUACUGACAUAUGCUGGCUAUCCUGACAAAAAAAAGACUCGCAUGCUGAAAAGAGUUAUUAAGAAGUUCAAAGAAGAGCCACAGGGUAUCACAUUUGAGGAAUACACAAAUUUCUGGCGAUUCUUGAAGAGCAUCAAUGAUGUGGACACUGCUCUAAGUUUCUACCACCUGGCUGGAGUCUCUAUCGAUGAAGAGACUCUCAAACAUGUGGCCAAGACGGUGGCACAUGUCCAUCUGACCGACCAUGUGGUUAAUGUGGUAUUCACUCUCUUUGAUGAAAACAAUGAUGGUCAACUUAGCAAUCGUGAGUUUGUGUCUGUGAUGAAGCAGAGGGUGAUGCGAGGGUUGGAGAAACCUAAGGACACUGGAUUUAUCAAACUCAUCAAUGCAACCUGGAAGUGUACAAAAUCUCAGACCUCGGCAUUCCUCGAGUAGGCCCAAAGACUUUUGUAUACGAAGGAUCUCUGGACAUUCAUGUUAUGUAUUCUAUCAUUUUGUUUCUAGCAUAUUUUAUAGGAAUGUUAUCAUUACAACCUAAUUUAUAUUUACAUGUAUGAUAACCGUUACACUUUGUUAUUGUCUUUAUAAAUUAUUCACCUUUCCAAUGUAUUUAGUCAUAAAAAAAUGAAGUUAUCAUAUCCUACAGUUGAGUCUGCUUUAAUCAUGUACAGGUAUGUUCCACUAGAUAGUGAUUGUUUUAUUCCGUCUUUAUAGAUUCUUUACCUUGAUACAAUGUUUCAGAUUUAUUCAUCUUGAAAAAUAAAUUUUUUUAUCCUACA